GCCAUCGAGGAUUCCGUUGUUUGUUUGUUUGUUUGCUUUUCAGAUGUUGAGCAAGUUGGGUGUUGGCGGAAGCUGGCACUUUGUUGACGUCCUGGGGCUGGAGGGAGAGUCUCUAUCCUCCGUCCCUCGCCCAUGUUGUGCCCUGAUGCUGCUGUUUCCUCUGACACAACAGCAUGAAUCUUUCAGGAAGCAGCAGUCUGGCAAGGUGGUUGGGGGGUCAGAGAUUUAUUUCCUGAAACAGACGGUGGGCAAUUCCUGCGGCACCAUUGCCCUGUUGCAUGCAGUGGCAAACAAUAAAAGCAAAAUGGAUUUUGACAGUGAUUCAGCCCUGAAGAAGUUUCUGGAGGAGACUGCUGAUAUGGGUUGUGAUGAUCGUGCCAAGCACCUGGAAAGGAGCAAGGUAAUCAGAGAGGCGCAUGAUGACGUGGCAGCACAGGGCCAGUGUAGGCCAGAAGCAGAUAAAGUCAACUUCCAUUUUAUUGCCUUUGUGAAUGUCGACGGACAACUUUAUGAACUUGAUGGAAGAAUGGGUGGCCCAGUGAAGCAUGGAGCUACCAAGGAUGACUCUUUGAUAAAGGAUGCCGCAAAUGUGUGUCGUGGAUUUAUGGAAAGGGAGAAAGGUGAAGUCCGUUUCUCUGCGGUGGCUCUUUGUCGCACUUAGAUUUCUCAGAAGCAUGAUCCAAACCAAAAUACCCCUGGGGCACUCCUAAGAAACACAAAAAUCCACAGGCACACCAAAAUUAGCUGUAUACACAUAACAUUUGCAGACACUAUGUGCUGUUAAACACACAUCGUUUCACAAGGCACACAGAAUUUACUAACAAAGCGUUCACAUGUGCACACAAAUACUGAAAACUUCUAGCUUCUGGUCAACUUGUUCACCUUUUGUGCUGUUACUUAGCAAUGAUUUUUGAUUUUAUGACUGUUCCCUAAACUUCAGUGAGGUCAAAUCCUAUUACUGCCUGUGUGCAUUUGUUUGAGUUUGUGUCUUUGAAUGUAUAAAGUUGUCUGUGCCUCUGUGGUUAACUGUCUCAGUCAAGAUAGACUGUCUCAUAAGUGCCUUCAGAGGCAACAGAGAAGACAUUUCCUUGUUCGAAGGGAUAAACAAGCGUUCAUUGUUAGGACAAACUCAAUUUCUUCAAAUCCUAGUUUUCAGUUGUGUUGUGGAGAGUUUGACAUUUGGUUUGAGGAAUGCAUCUGUAGGAAUAAUUUGACCAUUGUUCUCACUAAAUUUGUAAGUAACUUAUUAAAGAGUGAUGUUGGAUGACAUGCUGGCUUGUCUCAGUUAAAGACAUUGGCUGUCAUUUUACAGGUUGAAAGCUGAUAACAUGAUGGUAGCGGUUUUACAAUCCUUUUUUUUCAGUUCAGCUGUCUUUGGAAACCAAUCCAGUGACACUUGUUCUACUUAACUUGACCUGGCAGGCUUUUUGCUGAACAAAGCACACGUUCACAUUAAAUGUCACUGCCAUUGUUUUAUUGACAGUUGCUUAGUUGUACAUUUAAAUUUACAUUAGACAUGUGAAAAUACCAAAAAAAGAUGGAAUCCCUCUAAAGUGGGUUUGGGAUGUUUUUGCACUAGGCAUUGGGAGAUGAUUACGUCAAGAUGACAUGAAGGAUGUGUAUGAAUCCUUUCCCUUUGUGCCGCUUCCCAAAGCUUUGUUGCAGUUUGUAAUGCAGCUGUUGGUUCUGAAUAAAGCAACUUUUGACCUGAUGUGCCUCAUUGAGUAUCUCUGUUUGUGUCUGUGCACAUGUUUGUGUCUGUGUGUUGUGAAAAGGUGUACAAAUAGUGUUGGAACAUUGCUUCCAAACAUGUUAAUAUUUUCAGUCACAGAAAGUGGCGUCAGUUCAUCUGGACACACGUUUCAUCGCUCAUCAGUCUUAACUGACUGCAGGUAUGCCCCAACCUUACAAAGUUCUUUGAUACACCAUGUGGUGCAACCUGCACACAUUGUCAGUAAUGAACCUGGGGUCAUCAGGUGUUUUGGGUCUUAACAUCAGACACCCUUGCUUGAGCGACCCAGCCGGGGGUGGGCAAGCCCUGACUUGUGUCCAGGUAGUGCAUUAUGCCAUACGUCACCCCUCUUCAUCCAGAGUCGAUGGGAAGCCUUCUCGGCGGUUCCCAGAUGUUCCCAAUGGCUCUUCUUUGCAGCCCGCAAAUCCCCAAGAGUCCUAGGACCUGCUGUAGAGACUAGCUUGCAAAGCCUCUGCAGUCCACUUCAACUGGCUCAUAGUGGGCCUUACACCCAUUCCUCCGACUCUCAGCUACCAGAUCUGCAUACCUGGUUCUCCUCCUUUCUUGUGCCUCCUCUAUCCGAUCUUGGCAGGAGACAGUUGGCUCUAGCAAAACCACUUGCUUGGUUGCCAUGGACAUCAGGACCAUUUCUGGCCCGAGUACAGUAGCUGCAAUCAUGUCCAGGAACCUCAGUUGUCUCAGGUUCACCAGGAACUGCCAGUCCUUUGCUGUUGCAAGCAGAGCACUGUCGGCCUUUGGCUGGGGCUUCUCCCCUGUUCGAACAAAGGCGAUGGUGCAUUUUGUUGGGUGUUGCUGCUUGCUGUAGCUGAUCCCAGUGCAGAUGGUGUCCGCUACUGCCAACAGAA